CACCAUUGCACGGAAGAAGCUUAAAGAAUCCAGGCUUCUGGCCUCCCACCCCAAGAACACACACUCAGGAGACCCAAGCUCCUGGGAGCUGUAUCUCUUCACCUUGAGCUCUCCUUUCUCAAGAAUCCUGUUCUUUGCCUUCUAGGUCUUGGCCACAUCUGGGAUCCAGGCAUCUUGCUUUCCAGCCACAAAGAGGCAGAUCAAAAUGCAGAAAGGAAACAUUCACCUUAAGUACUGGUUACUAUUGCAUCUCCUACUUUUAGAGACUGGUAUAACCCUCAGUAAUAACACAUCUGCCAGCACUGGAUCCAGCAUGAUAUUCAGUGGGACCAGCACAACCUCUGACCCUGGACCCAGCGCAUUCCCCAGUGAGACCAGCACAGCCUGUGACCCUGGACCCAGCAUGUGCCCCAGUGGGAUCAGCACAGCCUGUGACCCUGGCCCCAGCAUGUACCCCAGUGGGACCAGCACAGCCUCUGACCCUGGACCCAGCAUGUCCCCCAGUACUGGCUCUGGUGCAAUGACAGGAGGCUCUGUACCUUUCUCAACGGGAACACACACAACUUCCAACAGAAUUAGCACUACUAAUGCUACUAUUGCAGUGAAUGGAGCGAAGCCCAGUGGGUCCCUGAAGCCAUGGGAAAUCUUCCUCAUCACUCUUGUCUCAAUUGUAGUGGUCAUGGGGUUCUCUGCCGGGCUCUUCUUCUGUGUGAGAAACUUCCUGUCCCUGAGAAACAUCUUUGACAUGACUGUCUACCACCCCCAUGGCCCCAACUUUGGCCUGGGCCCUGGAGGGAACCAUGGAGUCAACCAUAGGCCAAGGUGGAGCCCUAACUCUUUCUGGAGGAGACCAGAAUCCUCAGUAGACAUGGAGAUGAGGAGAUACAAUGGGCCCUGAGCAUCCGCUGAAACCAGAGUACCACAGUCUUGGUGGAAGAAGCCAACCUGGGAGACUAGAAACCUGAGUGUCCUCUCAUUCAUCCCCAGGAGUCCCCUCUCAGCUUUGUCUGGGACUCUGACAGCCUCAGGGAAGACAGUGCCUCCAACUCUCUAUUACCAGACACUGGAAAGAGGAGACUGUAUUGGCCAUUUAGUUAAGAAUAAACAUAGUCAAAAUAUAUGACUGA